UUAUCGUGGAAAUAUUUAUCGAAUCCACAAUGUUUCUCCUAUGUUAUGGAUCUUUUAUCUACAGUAAUUUCGUGCCUAUCAUUAUAUUAAUUUUAAGGAUAAAUUCACAAUUUUGUGGCAAUGGAAAAGGAAAAGGACCCUGCUGUGAGAAUUACUUCUAUAACAGUAACAAGAGACAGUGUCUAGCUUGUCCCUUGGGAUCAUACGGCAUCAACUGUUCCAAAGUGUGUGUUCCCCCAAAGUACGGGCACCUGUGUUACGAUGAAUGCUACUGUCCACUUAGUAUGUGUCAUAUCAAGUUCGGCUGUAUCAAUGAGUCAAUCACAAUAGUAAGACUAGAAGACGGAAAAGAAUUGUCUUCAACAAGGGAAAGUAGUACAAUAUCGUAUCAAAUUGACAAAACGGUCAGACCUUCUGAUGAUAAAUCAAAACAACAGUUUCAAUACAUUUAUUUAGUUAUAUCAGUGGGCGUUGUUAUCACAGCAAUUUUAAUUAUAGUUUUUUUAAUUGGUAUGAAAUAUAAACAGCGAUCAAAUAAUAUUUCCGUUCCCAUGAUCGAUAAAGAUCAAGUAUUAUCCGGAAACGAGACAUUGAACUUGGAUGAGGAAACAUACAUGGAAAUAGACGAAUGCGUAGUGCAUACAGGAAAAAGUGAAGAGGUAACAAGUAUUCCUGGAAAAAAUUAUGACCUCCUCUUGAAGGAAAAACAGAUUAAAGAAUAUAAUAAUCUCCACACUGAACGAAAAAAUGGGGAAGUAUGUGUUAAUGUAAUAGAUCCAGCCUCACUGGGUUCUAAAAAGUUUCCAAUUCAUCGGUCACAUUCUUGGCAUAAUUUUACUAGUGUUCCACAUAAUAUUUCGCCAAGCAAAACCAAUAGUUACCUAGAACUCUCUGAAGACAACUACCUGGAACCCGUUUUUGAUACACUAACAGCCCAUCCAAUUAAAAAUAUUACUUAUAAUAAUUCUAUUAAGACGCAUGCUCAAUAUGAUGAUUUUAUUGGUAUCAUUAAGAAAAAUUAA